GCUCCUCCCCCGGCAGUCGUGUGUGUGCCAUGCGGGGUACCGCGGGUAGCAUGGGCCGGUCAGACGGAGAUUUGGGGUCCGCAGAGAUGGAUCCGAUACGUAGCUUCGAGCGCUGGAAGAAGAAAUACACCCGGCGGACGAAGUGGCUGCGGCUGCAGCGAAAGGAGAGGAAGCGGCCCGAGUGGCAGGUGGAGCGGGAGGGCAUCGGCCGACUGGUGCAACGCUACCCUGAGAUAAAUGCUAGUGAAAUUCAAAGAUUUUCGGAUUUCCCGUUGUCAAAGAAAACCUUAAAAGGACUGCAGGAAGCUCAGUAUCGCGUGGUAACAGAGAUACAGAGGCAAACCAUAGGUUUGGCUUUACAAGGUAAAGAUGUACUUGGAGCUGCAAAGACUGGAUCGGGCAAAACCUUGGCUUUUAUUGUCCCAGCUUUGGAACUCCUGUAUCGCCACCAGUGGACUUCAGCUGAUGGACUGGGAGUUUUGAUAAUAUCACCUACCCGGGAGCUGGCAUAUCAAACCUUCAAGGUUCUGCGUAAAGUGGGAAAGAAUCAUGAGUUCUCAGCUGGCCUUAUCAUUGGAGGAAAGGAUCUGAAAGAAGAGUCUGAAAGAAUCCACCACAUAAAUAUGCUAAUUUGCACUCCAGGACGGCUUUUGCAGCACAUGGAUGAAACUUCCUAUUUCUAUGCAUCUGAUCUGCAAAUGUUGAUUCUUGAUGAAGCUGACAGAAUUCUAGACAUGGGGUUUGCUGAUACAAUGAAUGCAAUCAUUGAAAAUCUACCUAAGAAACGCCAGACCUUGCUUUUUUCUGCAACACAAACAAAAUCAGUGAAGGAUCUUGCACGGCUGAGUCUGAAAGAUCCAGAAUAUGUUUGGGUUCAUGAGAAAGCCAAAUUCAGUACCCCAGCGACUUUGGAUCAGAACUAUGUUGUUUGUGAGCUUCAGCAGAAAGUGAACAUGUUAUACUCUUUCUUGAGAAGUCACUUGAAAAAGAAGAGCAUUGUGUUUUUUGCAAGCUGUAAAGAGGUUCAGUACCUGUUCCGAGUGUUCUGUAAGCUUCAGCCUGGUCUUCCUGUACUGGCACUCCAUGGCAAGCAGCAGCAGAUGAAGAGAAUGGAAGUCUACACUUGUUUUGUUCGGAAAAAAGCAGCAGUACUUUUUGCUACAGAUAUUGCAGCUCGUGGUCUGGAUUUUCCAGCAGUGAACUGGGUUAUUCAGUUUGAUUGUCCAGAAGAUGCAAACACAUACAUCCACAGAGUAGGAAGAACAGCCAGAUACAAAGAAGGUGGAGAAGCUUUGUUAGUAUUGCUUCCCUCAGAAGAAAAGGGUAUGGUGGAACAGUUGGCACAGAAGAAAGUACCUGUCAGUGAAAUCAAAAUUAAUCCUGAAAAACUUACAGACAUCCAAAAGAGGAUGCAAUCUUUCUUAGCUCAAGAUCAGGAAUUAAAAGAGAGAGCUCAAAGGUGUUUUGUAUCCUACUUGCGUUCAGUUUACUUAAUGAAGAAUAAAGAAGUAUUUGAUGUUUUCAAAUUGCCUCUAGCAGAAUAUGCCCUAUCACUUGGUCUUGCAAUGGCUCCUCGUGUGAGGUUUCUUCAGAAAGUUCAGAAACAGCUAUCUGCAAAGGAGGUGGCUGAUGGAACAGAUCACUUGAAGGAGGCAGAGCAAAAUAAAAAUUCCCCCUCCUUAAUGAAUGAGCAAGAAGUGGAGAAAUGUGGAACUAAUUUCAAUAGCAAGGUGUCUGUUAACAAAACAAAGAAGAAGGAGAGAAGGAAAGAAGCUGAAGAAUGUUCUGCUUCCAGUGAAGGUGCUGAGGAAAGUGGCGAGUCUGAGGAUGAAUCAAAAGAGGUAUCGGAGGAUGAGAAGGAGGAAGAAGAAGUUCCUAUACCAGGCAGUUUACCAAACCCAGACUCUUUGCAGUUCUUUGAAGGUGAUGAUGAUGAUGAUGAUGAUACUAAAGAACUUGAUUUACUGACAGUGAAACAACGAGAUGUUUUUGGUGUGCAAACUACAGAUAAUCCAGCACCGAAUGUAUCAAAAUCAAAGAUGAAGAAAAAAACAACUAAAACCCAAGAAGCCAAAAAAAUCCUGAAGAAGAAAUUUAAAGUCAACACAAAAAUAGUCUUUACCGAAGAUGGAGAGUUAGUGCAGCAGUGGCCACCUGUGCAAAAAUCCAGUUUGGCGCAAGCAGAUGAGGAAGAUGAUGCCAGUGGUAUCAACUUAGAUAAAGCUAAAGAGAUACUACGGGAAGAAGACAAAUUUGACAAAGAAGAAUAUAGGAAGAAAGUAAAGGAAAAACAUAGGGAGAAAAGGCUAAAAGAAAAAGCAGCAAGGAGGGAAGCCAGGAAUAACAACGCACAGGCUGAAGAGGAAACAGUGGCCUUUCUUGCUCACAGUGGAAGUGAAGAAGAGUUUGAUCCAAGUACUCUUCCAGAUCCUGAUAAAUACAAAGAUUCUGAUGAGGAGCAGAAUUCAGAAAGCGAAGACAGCUAUAGUGAACUUGAGGAGAAGAGUGGAAGAAAGAAAAGAAGCUAUAGCAACAGUACUGCGGCAGAGGAAAUGCCAUUGAAAAGAAAGAAAGUGAAAUUCAGCCAAGAGGAGGAGCCCUGUUUGCCAUUAGAUACUGGGCUUUCUCUGGCAGAGGAUGAAGAGCUUGUACUACAUCUGCUCAACAGUCGCAGCUAAUUAUUUUUCUGCCCAUUUUCUUUCUGGGACAUCCCACAUUUUGCCAGUAGUCUGCAGAAAAUGAAUUUGGUAUCUGGGCAGCUGGGUACCAGUGGUCAUAGGUAAAUGAAUUCUGUGUGCAAUGGGGCUGCCUUAGAUCAGUUCAUGGAUUACAGACAAUAUUUAGUUUGAUUUAUAAGUCUUUCUAAAUGAACUUUUCAACCUCAAUCCCCAGAUGUCAUUUUGCAGUAACACAUCUAUGAUUUUAAACCUCCCAAGUUCUGAAUAAAUUAUCUUUUUUAUUUUAACCUUGCUUUAAAUAAACCCAGGGUUCUCCCUUCUCAACUCUGUCAGGUUUGUUAUUUUUGAAGAUAAAUGUGUUCUAAAAUUAUUCAAGAAGAAAUAUUGUUGACUGCUCAAGUCAUUACUUCAAAUCAAAUGCAGUUUUCUUUUGUGUAUCAUGCAGAUAUUUUAAAAAUAUUUUAAUGAAAAUUUCUGAAGCCAUGGUGUAAGCUUCUGUUGUCUCAGUUAUUAUUUAUCUCAGUUAUUGUUUCUGUUAUGACUCUGUCACUGGUGUUAGGCACUUCAGGAAGCCACUUUUAGAAGCUAAAACUGAAUCUUGCAUUUGAGUCCCAUAUGAAUGAAAACACAGUGAUGCCACAAAAAGGUAGAACAUAAAAUUGCCUGAUAAAAUUGGUUGACAGGUAAAUUUUGUGGCAGGCUUACAACUGGAAGUGAGAUAUUUCUUGUUAUGGCCAAAUGCAGUGAAGAAAAAUAAUUUAGUGUUGAGCAUAUUUUCACAUUUCAUCCCGUCAAACGAUGGUUUGUUGUUGCAGAUUAUGUGCUUACCCAUAACUGCUGCACCUUGAUGAACAGCAAAAAGAUGUAUGUUUCGUGGGUCCUUUCCUAGGGAAGGGAAGAAGUGGGCAUUCUCUCCGAAGCAUAACAAAAUAUUAAUACAAUACAAAAUUCUUACUUAUUUAAGUUGAUUUUCUUCUCUUGCUUGGGCCUGAAUGCCAGCUGUGAGCCAUAUUCACUGUCUUCUUGCUUGUAUUCUUGACUACCCUGUCAAGAAUAUUGGCACAUCGUUCAGCAAAAAGUAUGGUAAACCCUUGCAGGCAGUAUGGAGAAUGAUGAAAACUGCUGAGAGUUUUGCAUAUCCCUGAAAUGACUGAGGCAAAGGGAAAGCUGCUGUGCAAGAAAACAGGAGAGCAGGAAAAUCCAGUGUUUGCUGACACAACUUUUUGACAGCAAACAGGCAUGGAAAAUGAUGUCUCUCGGUUUUCAGCAGACCUGUGUCUAAGUGAAGUUUACACGGCAAAAUAGUCAAAACACUGAGUAGGUACAAAUGCCCAAGGGCUUUCCCCUGUUGCUUCCCUUCAUCAAAUCAAAGUACACGUCUCAAGAAGUUGUAUAUGAAGAACAUUCUAAAGUAAAUAAUCCUCUGUUUUCCAGAUAACCUUCUUUUUUUUUUUCUUUUGACAUGGAGGAGGGGGUUUGUUGUUGUUUGGGGUUUUGGUUUUUUGUUUUGUUACAGAAAUCUCACCAAUCCUAUGCAAGCCUUUCUUCCUCUCCCUGUACCCCAUACUAUCUUUCAGCUCAGUUACCCCAAACUGCAAAUUCUUGUCUCCAAAUGUUGCUUCUGCUAUUGUGCCAACAGGCAGGGGAUCAUAAAAACUGUAUUAUAGACAAAGCACAUCUGCCAUCUGCUCCUUCCUGACAAUGUGGAAUGAGAAGAAAUGACCCAGUUUCACAAACAGCUAAACAUGAAAGAUGGGACCUGCUUGGCAGCUGAUGCACAGUGUUGUUUAGUCUAUAGUGCCACAGUGGGCAUGGAAAAUACUGUGAUCUGGGAACAGCAUUGCUGAUCAAUCUGUUAAUGAAGAAGGAUCUGCUGUGGUGCUGCUGUGACUGUGUUUAAGCUCCAUGAGGGGAAUGGCUGCAGUGAAUGUGAUGAGCAAGGUUAACAAAUGCCUCCACACUGGGUAACAGAGGCCCUGCUCCUGUGGUCAUGGAGGAAUGCAGUGAACUACAGUGCAAGGAGUAUCCACAGCAGGAAGCUAUUCAGAGGUGAGCUGAGUGUAGAUAAUACAUGUGGUGUAUGCAUCUUAGAGGCAUUUGUAAAUUCAUGGUGCUCUUUGUGGUGAUCAGCUGCCUUGCACAUCCACUGAUGUCUCUCCUCUCAAGUCUUUGCUCUGAAAAGGUUGAAUAUAGUUUGUUGGAGCAAGUAAGUAAAAAUCCCAAAGAUUUAUUGUUUCUUACUAGAAUAUUCUCAUUCGUAUGCUGGGGUGUGAGAGAAGCAUUUUAUCCAGUGAACAGUAAGACUAAAAAUUAAAUUAUGUAUAUUGGAAA